UUCUCUAACUGAGCAUUGAUAAGGAUUUCAAUCGAAAAUAAGCUGACUUUGACUAGGACAAUAUUAUUUUAAGAAAAUUGUGUAAGAAAACAUUGAUAAAUAAAACAGGUUUAAAUUAUAAUUUAAUUUCAUACACGACUUUCAACUGUUAUACGCAUACUAUAUAGCGGAGCAAUGAUAGGAUACACAACAGCGCUGUAUGCUUUGGCUGCCGCAACUUUGCUUAGUGCUGACCUUGGAGUUCUUAGCCCAGAAGAACGAUGUAACAUGGUCGGUGGCGUGUUUCCGCACCCUACGGAAUGUCAAGCCUUUUACAACUGCAGUGUCCGUUACACACAUGGGAUUCCUCGGUUCUUCGAGCAACACCUUGUUGAAUGUCCCUACCCCAAGCUGUUCAACACCGAGUCAAAUCAGUGUGACUUGUUUGAGAAUGUCAAAUGUGGAACCAGGACAGAGAUCAAGGAUGGAUGCCAAUACAGAUACAACCAGUGUCCCGUUGCUCACUGUAGACCCUGCAGUGUCGACCUUCCAAGUUGUAUAGGCAAACGUGAUGGAAUUAACGUUCACCCAGUCAAACUUUGGAGUCCAUUCUACGCCGUAUGCUACAAAGAACGCACGAUCAAAGAGGAGCGAUGCCAAGCUGACGAAAAUGGCCGAACACAGUUGUUCCAUCCGGAAAGGAACGAAUGCGUUUCAUUAGAUAUGAUUCCUCGAGAACACGGGGGAAUGAUGCCCGAGUGCGGUACAAAAAAGGACGGGUUCUAUCGGGAUGAGUUUGGGCGAUGUGAUCGAUAUGUGCGUUGCCAGGGAGGAAAAUAUAUUGGCAUGGUGAAAUGUGCGGUUGAAGAGGUGUUCGAUGACACAAAGGGCGGCUGCGUUCUGCAAGAGAAAGCAUGCAGACCCUGCGGAAGACUUGACCUUUGCUGAGAAAACUACUUACACAAAAGAAACAAAAGAAAAAUGGGCGAACCGAUUAAUCCAAGAUGGAUAAGACAUGUUAAAUACAUCAAAGUGUUGCUCUGAGUUGACCUCGUUGUAUUCGGUCUAAGACCAAACCAUUUCAAAACAAAAUGACUACAUUUUUGUUUAUUGUGAAAUGUUUUCACCAUCGUUUAUUGAUUGAUAUGUAAAUAUAGUUUCAUUAUCAUAUUUAUGCAUUUUGGCAAUUGCAGUGCCUUUGAAAUCAUCAAAUUUUGUUCAAUAAAAUGAGAAAUUUA